AAUAACAAUAAUAAUAAUAAUAAUAAUAGUAAUAACAAAAAUAAUUAUAAUGACAGUAAUAAAGAAUAUAACGAUAAUAAUUACAAUAUUAAUAACAAUAUUAACGAUAAUAACAAUAUUAACGAUAAUAACGAUAAUGACGAUAAUAACAAUAAUAAUAACGGUGAUAACGAUAACGAUAAUAGUAAUGACGAUAGUAACAAUAAUAAUAACGAUAAUUACGAUAAUAACAAUAAAAACGAUAAUAAUGAUAAUAACGCAUAUAACGAUGAUAAUAAUAAUAAUAAUAAUAAUAAUAACGAUAAUAACGAUAAUAACAAUAAUAACGGUAAUAACAUUAAUGACGAGUAUAAUGAUAAUAACGAUAAUAACUAUAAUAACGAUGAAAACGAUUAUUUCGUCAGUAUUAAUAAUAAUAAUAACUAUAAUAACAAUGUUAAUGAUAAUAACGAUGAUGACGAUAAUAAUAAUAAUAAUCACGAUAUUUACGAUAAAAACGAUAAUAAUGAUAAUAAAAAUAAUAACUAUAAUAACUAUAAUAACGAUAAUGACUAUAAUAUCGAAAACAACUGUAAUAAUAAUAAUAAUAAUAAUAAAAAUAAUAAUAUUAAUUAUAAUAAUAAUACAAAUAACGGUUAUAACGAUAAUAACGAUAGUAACUAUAAUAACUAUAAUAACAGUAAUAACGAUUAUAACGACAAUAAUAUUAAUAAUAAUAAUAAUAACGAUAAUAACAACGUUAACGAUAAUAACGAUAAUGAGGAAAAUAAUAGUAAUAAUAACGAAAAUAACGAAUCAGAUAAUGACGAUAAUAACAAUGUUAACGAUAAUAACGAUAAUUAGGAUAGGAAUUAUAAUAACAAUAACAACGAUAAUAACGAUUAUAACGAUAAUAAUGGUAAAAAUGAAAAUAACAAUAAU